UUUAAAGGAAGCACAUUUCCAUCUCUCCUUGACCCGAUGACGUUUUCCACAAAGGUUAAGUAAAGGAUAGGAGAUUUGACUAUUCGUAGAGGAAUAGGGACACAGCUAAGGACUCUCACCGCGUCCGCCAUCUUGUCGUCACGUGACAGCACUUGGACGUUGGACGUCCAUGUCCUACAGCCUGCAACGAGACCUUACUCGUGGGGGGGGGGCAAUGUUUUGAUGCACUUCGCAAAAAUACAGGCCGUCCUGAACGUCGUUCGGUUGUUCACACAUCGUCUAAAAUAAUCGCACAGGUGCGAGUAUAUGUGGGGUCUGACUCAGAAUACUUUGACGAAUUAUCCGUACUUCUUCCUAACGUUUCUCGGCAUUGUGUUUAGACCCAGCAACCUGGAAAGCUGCGAAUUCUGCAACCCCAAGACACGAAAUCAACACCAAGACCGCAGCGAACUGGUACCAUAACCGUUGAAUAUUAUUAGCGAUGAUAGUCGGGUAUUUCCUGCUACAACACUUCUUAACCUGUUCGUGUGGACGUGGUACGUAACGUUAGAGAUACAAGCAGUGCAUUUUGGAUCAGGCCCAUUAGGCAAAACUUCUUAGGAGACGGGAGGCUGGGUUUAUUCUAGACCGAAAUGGAUACCUAAACCCUGUCGAUUCUGCACGAAAACGCAUGCAUCCAGGUCGUGGAUUUCUAUAUUUUCUAUGACCCAACAAAUCUACGCUCGUCUGGAUGCGGUGGAAUCGCUGUUCGAGGAACUUCCAUAUAUGUUUUAUCUGGGCCUGUUUUUUGUGAACGUCCUGAUCCUCUACUAUGCCUUCCUGAUGGAGUACAUCGUGCUGAACGUCGGCAUAGUUUUUCUGCCCGAGGACAUGGACCAGGCGCUGGUGGAUCUAGGGGUGCUAUCCGAUCCCGCCUCUGUGCCCUACGACACGGACACGGAGCUGGACGUGUUCGAUCAUGGUUACCUGGAGUGAAUUGGGGAGGGCUGAUUAUGGGACGGAACACGCCAGAAUCAGAGACGGGAACAAUGUGAUUGAAAAGGUUGUCUCCCCUGGAUGCAUGGGUUGGGUGAAGAAUCACCCACCAGAUGACGGACACUGAGUUAAGACUGAGGACUUUGCUGUGUGCUGGCGACCAGCAGUGACCGACCGAAACCACUGCGUAUGACCCAACUGCUUACUGACCAGGGAGAUUAUAUAGACUCAACGUGGAGAAGCCCUAGUUUUGUAAACUAAAGCAAAUGCGGGGGAUUAGCAAAGUUCUAUAUUCAAUAUGUUACAGUGUGGCCCAACACAGCAGGCUCCCUCUCUGACCUGUGACCUGUGAGCUGCAGUGGCCAGUUUGGACCUUAUUUGAUAGCACGGUACACGCAUCAGAUGUUACGGGAUAUGUGAAAGGGAAUGGUUUGAAAUGUGCCAAUGGACACCCAAAACAUAUGUUUUCAUUCAUGUUGUCUUGUGUUGUGCUGUGCUAUAGCUUCUGAAGGGGGUUUCUGGAAAAUAGAAGUCACAGCAACUGAUUUUACAUCAGUUUCAUAAUAAUUGUUAAGUGCCAGACAGAUUUCAGUGGGGAUUUAAGUGGAAAAUCUGUUUCUUGAAUGUUCAAUCUAUUGUUGGUUUCAUUUAAACAGUGAUUUUUAGACGUAUUCUACACUAAAUCGAUUCAAUGUGGGUUGUGCCUUCCCACAUUGUCCUGUGGUUUUGUGUGGAUAAGACGUCGUUGAAUCACAUUCUUUUGCAUGUUUUUGUUAAUAUAUUACAAGUUUGUUUGUUUCAUCCUAAGUAUCAUAUGCACUUUCGUCCCGUCCCCUUUAUCAAGUCAAGCCAAAUCUCUUUAUUACUGGGCAAUUUGACAGCAAUAUAAUCUGCAUCCAGGCAGUUGGGGAAUAGACAAUGUAACAAUUCAGGUUAAACAUGGCUUGGAACCCAAAGCCUUAAGCAAACGACGAUUUUAUGUGAAAGUCUCAGUCAGUCAACUAUCACCAGAAGUUAUAUUUUAAAUUUUCAAAAUAAUCCUCUGUUCUUGCCAUUUUGCACAUGCAUGUAACAUUUCAUCCAGAUUUUCAUUGUUGUUGGGAAUCAAAGUGGAACCAAGCAAGACCCUGUUGUGCAAGCACUAGCCGGUGGUAAGGAUUUAUUUUCGAGCAAUACUCAAAAGAAAACUCAACUGUGAUCAAGUUUAGCUGCUCAACAGGGAACAUAUAAAGAUGAGGCUGCUACGCGGGCGCCAAUCGGGUAGGGCAGCAGUGGUAUGGCACAUGCAAUUCAAGAGGCCGGAAGUCAAAAUGACUAGCCCACUUUUAGGAAGGACCAUAUCUUAAGAGGAUCUAAAUAUUCUGAUGGUUUGACGUGUUUUCACAGAAACCUGCCUUAUCAUUCAAAUUUAAGUCACACCCACAUGACUUUAUACUUGCUGCCAUAUCCUGCCUUUACCCUUUUGACGACACUUGCCGGUUUGCUAUUGUGAAUCACAUCGACGUCAUGUCACCCUCAGCCCCCUGUACACACUAAUGAUACUUCUCCAGCAUAACCACUCAUUCACCCCCCAUGUCAACAAUGAUGUAUCUGAAUAUCAAUAAAGUUUUAUUUUCAAA